UCUAUAUGUCGUUUAUACCAUACUAAGGCCUUUGAUUUUAAUUAUAGGAAGUCCUUAAAUAUUAAUAACUAUUCAUUGCUAGCAGUUUAAACCGACGUGAGAAGUUCGUAAAUAAAUACAAAUUUAUCUGUUUUAUAAACAUUGUCAAAUUGAGAUAAGAUGAGUAAGAAACAGACACCAAGUGAAUUUUUGAAAAAGAUCAUUGGAAGACCAGUUGUAGUGAAGCUUAACUCUGGUGUAGAUUACAGAGGGGUGUUAGCAUGUUUGGAUGGUUAUAUGAAUAUUGCCCUUGAACAAACAGAAGAGUAUGUAAAUGGACAGCUUAAAAACAAAUAUGGAGAUGCAUUCAUUAGAGGCAAUAAUGUGCUUUACAUUUCAACACAAAAGAGAAGAGGGUGACAGGGGAACUAGAAACUGAAGAAACUUUGACAUAAUAAUUUACAAUGAAGAGUAUAUAAAAUAAAGAAAACAGUAAUGAAGCUGCAGAAUAUGAUAAUCGAUUAAUUCUGGACCAGUGAUAAAACACAUUUACUGGAUUAUUUGCCUUCAUUUCUUUUGAUUUAGGCUAAAGUGAAAAAUCUCUAUGGAUAUUGUGUAAGUUUGAACUCUAUUUUUGUGAGUGCAUUGUAAUAUAAAGCAUAUUAUGUUCUACUUGUAACACCUGCAAGUGUAGAUUGAAGUUAUUCUCAUCAGAUUGUAAACAAAAACUUACUAUAAUCACUGUUUUAUAAUUGCUCAUUAUUCAAGCAUAUGUACUGUUCAUGACAGCUGUGAUUUGUUAUUCUACCAUUUGAAGGUAAUAAUGUGUGCCACAAAUAAGGAGCCAGGACAAUCUAUAUAUCCGUGUAGGCUGAUCAAGCUCUAUAUAAUACUGUAGGUCUUCUCUGUGUUAUUAAGUAAUAAGAUUUUUGACAGGUUAUAUGGCUUUAUAUAAAUGGUUGGUUUUUGUUAUAUUACAAAAAAAAUAUUUAUAUACCAGCAGUAUAACCUAUUGAUAAUCUUUAUAUUAAUCACUUUAUAAUACAGCAAGCUUUGUUUAUUUGAGAAUAAAUGCAAAUACUUCAUAAACUCAUAAAUUGACAGCAGCCAUUUUUAUAGUUUAUAUAAACAUGAAAAUAAUCCAAUGAAUAAAGACGUUACAUAUUUGCA